AACUCAAUCACUAAAUUAUUUAAUCAUUAAAUCAUUUUUUGACUGAUCUUUCAAUUAAUUAAUAUUAAGACAUCAUAUAUAAUGUCAAACAUUGGAGAAAAUCGACAAACGUCAGGUGUUGGUAUCGGCGGAAAACUCGUUGGACUCAAGAGUCGGACUACACUUGCAUUGAACUCAAAACGAGUUCCGCUGGCCGUCUCUUUGCGCCAAAAUCGGGCCAUCGGUGAGACCAAUCAGCGAUCAAACAAAGCGAUUAACAAACAGACAACGACUCGUGUGUCAAGACAUACAAAGUCGAGCAAAACUUCAGUCAACGAUGAGAAUGCAGAGGAAAACAAAGCGUUGGCUAAAUCACGGAUUCCUAUAGAUGUCAUGAAAAAGAGUCAAAUAAACGCUAACAAGAAGACAAAAGCUAAGGUUGAGCCCGAAGUUAAUAUUGAAGAUCAAGAAAUAGGCUUUUCUUCUCAAUGUUUGCCCGAUAAUGUUGAGGACAUUGAUGCCAAUGACGAGUCUAACGUUUUUCUGACAUAUAGUUAUGUCAAUGAUAUCUAUAAUUAUUUGAGACGACUUGAGAAGGAACAGUUCGUUAGUCCGAACUUCUUAUCGAUUCAGAAGGAGAUGACUCCUCGUAUGCGAGCAGUUCUUGUUGAUUGGUUGAUCAAUGUUCACCAUCAGUUCAAAUUACUUCCAGAAACUUUAUAUUUGGGUAUUUCAAUAAUGGACCGCUUCUUCAUGAAAGAAGUUAUUAGCAAAGAUAAGAUUCAAUUGGUUGGAGUGACCGCCUUCUACAUCGCUUCCAAGUUUGAAGAGAUAUAUCCGCCAGACAUUAAAGACUUUGUGAUGAUAUGCGACAAAUUGUAUCAGAAGAGAGACAUAAUAAAGAUGGAAUUGGCUAUACUUAGGUCACUAAACUUCGAGUUGGGUCGUCCCCUACCCAUCCACUUCUUGCGUCGCAAUUCUAAGGCCGCGUACGCCGACUCUCGUAUUCAUUGUGUGGCUAAAUAUUUGAUGGAAUUGACACUCGUUGAGUAUGAGUGCGCCCACUGGCGUCCAUCUCUUUUGGCGGCAACUGUUCUUUACGUGACUCUCCGUAUUCUGGCCGAGACUAACGAUUUGUCAGAGAAAUGGACGCCAACUCUGGCAUAUUAUAGCAAUUAUAGCGAACAACAGCUUAUGUCGUUUGCUUCACGAGUUUGUAAAGUUAUACUAAAGUCGGAAAAAUCAAAGUUUCAGAACUGUCGCCAAAAGUACUCGUCCACUAAAUUAAUGGAAAUAUCGCGUAUCCCUCAACUCAAGUCACCAAUCAUUGAUGAAAUCGCGGCAAUUGAGCCAUAAUUGCGAUUCUCUUAAGAUUUUAUUUUCAUUUUUUAUUAUAUUUCUUAGUCUUAAUUAAACUCAAGUUUUUAAUUAUAUACAAAUUUGAAUAAAAUAUUUCAUUAUAAUUAUAUAUUCAUGUGUUUAAUAUCUAAACAAAAAAUUUUUUAUAUUUGUAUUUUUUUUAUU